CUACAGAGGACCAAAGCCUGAUCCAAGCAGGGAGCUUGGAGCCAGAGGGAAGGACCACUGGGAGCUGCAGACCCCCAGUCCAGUCUUUCUUCAAGCUGUAGGCUCCCUUGAAGUAAUACUUUUGGAUGCAAAACUCAUCAGCUGCAGAGCAAGGACUUUUGGUUGAUAGACACAGGAUGAAUCUGGGUCACAAAAAACUGGGAGGAGAAUGGGUGACAUUCAAGGAUGUGGCUGUGGACUUCACCCCAGAGGAGUGGGGCCUCUUGGACCAUCCUCAGAAGGAGCUCUAUAAGGAGGUCAUGCUGGAGAAUGCCCAGAACCUGCUGUCCCUGGGUCUGCCAGUUCCCAGAGGAGAUCUUCUCUGUUAUUUGGAGGAAAGGGAAGCACCAUGGCUACUGCACCAAGAAGGCCUGAGGAGCUUUUGUCCAGAAGGAGAGAUUACAUGUAAAGUGAAAGAGACAACUGGCAAGCUAAGCAUUUCUGUGAAAGAAAUUCAUGAGGAAAGUUUCAUGAGGGGUGGUCCUUGUGACUUCCCUGGGAGACAAAUCUGUGCUGUACUUCACAGAAUCCACACAGAAGAGAAACCUUAUGAAUGUGCUCAAUGUGGAAAGGCUUAUAGAAGAACCUCUGAUCUUGCUGCUCAUCAGAAAAUCCAUAGUGGGAAGAAACGUUAUGAAUGUGAUCAGUGUGGAAGGGCUUUCAAAUGGAACACUUCUCUUUCUAUACAUCAGAGAACCCACACUGGAGAGAAACCUUACGAAUGUGAUCAGUGUGGAAAGGCUUUCAGAAAGAAGUCUCACCUUGCUGAACAUCAGAGAAAUCACACUGGAGAGAAACCUUAUGAAUGUGGUCAGUGUGGAAAGGCUUUUAGAAGAAGCAAUGUUCUUGCUAUGCAUUGGAAAAUCCACAGUGGAGAGAAACCUUAUGAAUGUCAUCAAUGUGGAAUGGCUUUCAGAAUGAAGUGUGAACUUGCUAAACAUAAGAAAAUCCACACUGGAGAGAAACCUUAUGAAUGUGCUCAGUGUGGAAAGGCUUUUAAAGGAAACUCCGAACUUGCUUACCAUCAGAGAAUCCACACUGGAGAGAAACCUUACGAAUGUGCUCAGUGUGGAAAGGCUUUCAGAAAGAAGUCUCAACUUGCUUACCAUCAGAAAAUCCACACUGGAGAGAAACCUUAUGAAUGUGAUCAGUGUGGAAAGGCUUUUAAAAGAAACUCUGAUCUUGCUAUGCAUCAGAGAAUCCAUAUUGGAGAGAAACCUUAUGAAUGUCAUCAAUGUGGAAAGGCUUUCAGAAUGAUGUGUGAACUUGCUAAACAUAAGAAAAUCCACACUGGAGAGAAACCUUAUGAAUGUGCUCAGUGUGGAAAGGCUUUUAAAGGAAACUCCGAACUUGCUUACCAUCAGAGAAUCCACACUGGAGAGAAACCUUACGAAUGUGCUCAGUGUGGAAAACCUUUCAGAAAGAAGUCUCAACUUGCUUACCAUCAGAGAAUCCACACUGGAGAGAAACCUUAUGAAUGUGCUCAAUGUGGAAAGGCUUUCAGAAUGAAGUCUCAACGUGCUUACCAUCAGAGAAUCCACACUGGAGAGAAACCUUAUGAAUGUGCUCAGUGUGGAAAGGCUUUCAGAAUGAAGUCUCAACUUGCUAACCAUCAGAGAAUCCACAGUGGAGAGAAACCUUAUGAAUGUGCUCAGUGUGGAAAGGCUUUUAAAAAAAUCCCUAAUCUUGCUAUCCAUCAGAGAAUCCACACUGGAGAGAAACCUUACAAAUGUGAUCAUUGUGGAAAGGCUUACAGAGUGAGGUCUCACUUUGCUGAACAUCAGAGAAUCCACACUGGAGAGAAACCUUACGAAUGUGAUCAGUGUGGAAAGGCUUUCAGAAAGAAGUAUAACCUUCUUGAACAUCAGAGAAUCCACACUGGAAAGAAACCUUAUGAAUGUCAUCAAUGUGGAAAGGCUUUCGGAAAGAAGACUCACCUUGCUGUACAUCAGAGAAUCCACACUGGAGAGAAACCUUAUGAAUGUAAUCAGUGUGGAAAGACUUUCAGAAUGAAAUCUCACCUUGUUAAACAUCAGAAAAUCCACACUGGAGGGAAUCCUUAUGAAUGUGAUCAGUGUGGAAAGCCUUCUUAAGGAGAUCCAUUCUUGCUGCACAUGAAAGUAUCCACACUGGAGAGAAACCUUACGAACGUGAUCAGUUUGGAAAAGCUUUCACACACAAGUCAAGUCUUUCUAUGCAUCAGAGAAUCCACACUGGAGAGAAACAUUAUGAAUGUCGUUAAUAAGGAAAGGCUUUUAGAACAAGCUGUGAUCUUGCUUUGCAUUGGAAAAUCCACCCUAGAGAGAAACCUUAUGAAUGUGCUCAGUGUGGAAAGGCUUUCAGAAUGAAGUCUCAACUUGCUAAACAUCAGAAAAUCCCCACUGGAGAGAAACCUUAUGACUGUAGUCAGUGUGGAAAGGCUUUCAUGCAGAGAUCCAGUCUUUCUCUGCAUCUAAAAAUCCACACUGGAAAGAAACCUUAUGAAUGUGAUCAAUGUGAAAAGGCUUUUACACUACACUCAACUCUUUUUAAACAUCAGAGAAUCCACACUGGAGGGAAAUCUUAUUAAUGUAAUCAGUGUGGAAAGGCUUGUACAUAGAACACCAGUCUUGCUGCACAUCAGAGAAUUCACACUGGAGAGAAAUGUUAUGAAUGUAAUUACUGCAAAAAGGCUUUCCCUCAGAGCUUGAAUCUUGCUCAAUAUCAGAGAAUCUACACUGGAGAGAAAUUUUAUCAGUAUUUGGAAUGUGAUAAAACUUUUAUGUAUACAAUCUCCUUGUCAAUGGAAUCCGAUGAAUUAAAUGUCCAAGAGACAUAA